UUUGACAUUGAAUUUAAAAAUUUAUCUCGAAUCGACACCUGUUUAAAAGUUUGUGGACUUUCCUUUCUCUUCCGUGUUAGUUAAAUAGCAAAAAUGUCUGAAAAAAGCAGCCCUGUUAAAUAUUUUAUUAGUGGGGGCUUCGGUGGCGUGUGUACUGUGCUGUCGGGCCAUCCUAUGGACACAAUUAAAGUGAGAUUACAAACUAUGCCUCUCCCUAAGGCAGGUGAAGCACCCUUGUUUACAGGAACUUGGGACUGUUUUAAGAAAACCAUACAAAAGGAAGGUUUCCGCGGCCUCUAUAAAGGAAUGUCGGCGCCAUUGACUGGCGUCGCGCCUAUAUUCGCGAUAAGUUUCUUCGGUUUCGGUCUAGGAAAAAAGUUGAUCAAGUCUGACGACGAUCAGGUUUUAUCGAAACCGGAAUUAUUCGUGGCGGGCGCGUUCUCUGGUAUUUUUACGACUUCUAUUAUGGCGCCCGGUGAACGCAUAAAAUGUCUGCUCCAGAUUCAGCAAGGUGGCCAUGUUCCUCAGAAGUAUAGCGGCAUGGUCGACUGUGCCAGGCAGCUAUAUGCGGAAGGUGGGAUGAGGAGUAUUUACAAGGGCAGUGUUGCCACUAUCCUGAGGGACGUGCCAGCCAGUGGCAUGUACUUCAUGACAUAUGAGUGGGUGAAAGAAGCUUUGGUACCAGAUGAUGCCAGUGCCAAAUUAAAAAUGGCAGCAACUAUAGUUGCUGGAGGGUGCGCCGGUAUAGCUAACUGGCUUGUGGGCAUGCCAGCUGAUGUCCUGAAGAGCAGAUUGCAAACUGCCCCAGAGGGCACAUAUCCUAAUGGCCUUAAGGAUGUUUUCAAACAACUCAUAGAAAAAGAAGGACCUACAGCUCUCUACAAAGGUGUAACACCAGUAAUGAUCAGAGCCUUCCCUGCAAAUGCAGCUUGCUUUGUAGGUUUUGAAUUAGCUGUAAAAUUCUUAGACUGGGUAGCACCUAGCCUUUGAUUACAUACAGGUUGUGAAUUGUAAAAAAUAUAUCAAAUUGUAUUAAAUUAGAUAUAAGAUUCUUGUUAUAUAAGUCUAAUUGCUUUUUAUAUAACUGUAAUUACAUGUAAGUGUAAUUCUGGUUUAUAUAAGUGUAUUUUUUUGUCUGUUAUGAAUUUUGGUGCCUUACCAGUAUAUUAUAAAUCUAUCAGGAAUUGUUGUGAACUGUACAUAAGAUUGUGUUGUUUUGUAUUCUUCCUAGUCCCUUCCUGAGUUAGUUUUAAUGGCAUUUGAUUAUUUGUAUCAGUUCAGAUCACAAAGUAUAUAAAUAUGAAUUAGUAGUGAAUUGUAUAUUUUUAUAAAAAUAAAUUUAAUUAGAAAUAUAUGUUAUAUA